CAUUCACUGAUGUUUUUAUUUCUUGCUGUGACAGUCUAAAGAAUUAGGUUAUGUUUUGGAAUCGCAGAGUUCUCAAUCGAAAUUUUCAACAUGAUUAUUACAUUAUCAUCUGAGUGGUUCUGAUAAUCAAUAGGUUCUGAGUGAGAGGUCAUGGCACACUAUAGAACUUCGUGAAAAUGAAAAUUGCUGUGAUAGGAGCAGGUGCCGGAGGUCUAGCAGCCCUAAGGCACUGUCUAGAAGAAGGACAUUCUUGUGAAGUGUUCGAAAAAACGGAAAACAUUGGCGGAACCUGGCAAUACACAGACAAAACUGGUGUUGACCAAUACGGCCUCCCAAUACACUCGUCUAUGUACGAAGGACUGAGGACGAAUUUACCAAAAGAACUGAUGACAUACGAUGGGUUUCCGUAUACGUCACCCGACCAUUCGUACAUAUCACAGCCAGAAGUACUAAAAUACAUCGAAGAUUUUGCAAGAGCCUUUAAUCUAAUGCCACACAUCAAGUUUUUGACCCACGUAGAAAAAGUUUCCCCGCUUCCGAACAACAGGUGGUCGAUCGGCCUCCUAGAUCUCCAGACUCGAGAAACAAUUGAAAGGGAAUACGAUGCAGUACUGGUGUGUAACGGAAGAUGCUCCGUACCGUAUACUCCAAAAUUACCAGGAAUAGACACAUUCAAAGGAACCGUUAUUCACAGCCACGAUUACAGAAAUCCAGGGCCGUACAAAGGAAAGAAAGUUUUGGUUAUCGGUGCAGGACCGUCCGGAGUGGACAUAGCUGGAAUUGUAUUCAAUGUAGCUGACAAAGUGAUUCUUUGUCAUAGAAGUGAUAUUAGUGCAAAAUCGAAAAUUCCUGAAGGUGUUAUCAUAAAACCAGAACCGAUUGAAUUCAAGGAAAAUAGUGUUAUCUUGAAGGAUGGUUCCGUAGAAACUGUCAAUUCUGUGAUAUUUUGCACAGGUUAUAGCUGCAGUUAUCCUUUUCUAACUGUCGAUUGUGGUAUAGAAGUGGACCAUAACUGGGUGAAAUAUCUCUACAAACAAGUUAUCAACGUCAAACACCCCACAAUGGGUUUCAUAGGACUACCAAUACGAAUAUUUCCUUUCGUAAUGUUUGGAAUACAGGUCCGAUUUUUCUUAUCAUAUCUGAAGGGUAAUGUGGCAAUAACGAAAGAACAAAUGCUGGAUGAUAUCGUCGUACAAAUGUCGAAAAAAGCCGAGAAAGGCGUUAUUCCGCUGCAGCUACAAGCGCAUCUGUUGGGUUUAGAUCAGGGCGACUACAUGGACGAUCUGGCAGAGACUGCCAAAAUUAGGAAAAUCCCGCAGGUUUAUAUCAAGCUUUACAAGCACGUACACACGGUGACCAAAGGAAACCGGGAUCUUUCCUACAGAAUAGUUGAUGACGAUGAAUUUGUUCAAAUUGGGAAGUGAUGUGAAAAAAACCAAUUGAUAUUUACUGAAAUCAUUCGUGUUUCAAUAGUUACUCUAUAACACUUAGGCACAGAUUAAGUUUUUUAAUAUUUGGCGUAUACUAUCGGUUUGGUGUUUCAAAAGAAUUCCUCAUUUAAUUCACUGUUGCCAGGUAGAAUAUGAAAGUAUAUCAAUUUUGUGAUUUUGUUACAAUAAAUUCAGUUUGCCAUAUUUGAUUUCAACCCAUUU